UUCUUCUCAAAUAUUAGCAUUUAUUAGCUCUUCCUGUGGAGCGGAAUGUGGAUGCUGUGAAUUUCCAUAGCAACAAGCGAAAGCGCAAGUGACGCAUAUACAGUGCGACGCGCGUUUGCCACGUCACCUUUAAGAGACUCGUGUUUAUGUUUUGAAGGAGCUCCUGUAGCUGUCAUUCUGUAUGUGUCUCUGAUUCAGGAUUAAAUAGCUUACACUUUGAUGAAACAUGGCGUCGGCGGAGGACUUCACGCGCUUCCCGCUGCAGAUGUGGGAGAAGGUGCUGUCGAAGGUGAAGAAGGCGGUUGUUUUCAUGGAUGAUGAGUGUACAGAGGCUCUGCACUGGUGUGGAGGAGCUGCUCUGCUGCUGGAGGCUGGGGCCAGAAACCUGAAGCAGUUCUCCAGCUUUGAAGCCUGCGGGGUGAGCGAGCCGAAAGCUGUGUUUGUGGUGAGCUCUCUCCUGAAGGGGAGAACCGUAGACAUCAUUAAAGACAUCAUCUCCCUCAGUCACUUCCAGUACUGUGUGGUCAUCACCUCCGUGGCUCACUCUGUGCACCUGCUCGCUAACAGCGUGAGCACAGAGCUGGAGGGCAGCCCUGUGUUUGAGCAGUUUGAGGAGAAGCUGUGUGAGUGGAUGGGGAACAUGAACUACACUGCUGAGGUCAUGCACGUCCCUGUGGUGUUCACCCCUGUGUGUCAGCAGCUGCUCCUCACACCCAUGUUCUCUCACCUGUUCCCCCUGCUCUCACCUGACCUGGAGGCUAUCAACGCAAAGAGACCAGAGAAGAAGAGAUUUGGAAGCCUGGCUGACUUGGACAUGCACUCUCUUCCUGUUGAGCUGCAGCUUGAGAUCAGAUCCUUGGCUGCGGCGUUGAACUCUGUGUUUGAAGCUACAGGUACCAGGGAGGAGAGUUUUGCUGUGGGACCGAUGAGCCGCAUGAUCGCAGGGGAGCUGGCCAAUCAACCUCAAGCUAAGAACCGGAGGAAGACGGCCCCUAACAAAGCAUCCAUCAUAUUCGUGGACAGGACCAUGGAUCUUACUGGAGCUGUUGGUCACCAUGGAGACAACCUGGUGGAGAAGAUUCUGACGGUGCUUAAACCCUUACCUGGUCACAUCACAGACGUACAGGUGGACAUGCUGGAUCUCACAGGUCUGCAGAGAACCCCCCACACGCAGAACACGGUGGCCCCCGGCUGUCUCGCUCAGACACAGUCGUCUGCAGCCCAGACUCUAUGGGAGGCCAUGCUGACCAAUAAACACAAGGAGGGAGUGAUGGAGGUGCGGCGGCAGCUCGUGGAAGCAGCCAGCAAGGAGAAGCUGCCAAUCAAGAUGAGCAUGGGCCGAGUGACCCCCGAGCAGCUGUGCUCCUACGUGCAGCUGUUUCGGAACAACUGGGGGGCGCUGGAGAGUCACUGCGGGGUGCUCCAGCUGGGCCUGGCCACGGCCCAAACACUCCGCCACCCCUACCUGCCCCGCUGGGACGCCUGCCUGGCCUUUGAGAGACUGCUGCUGCAGGCUCUUGGAGACUCCGAGUUCCCCACCGUUCUGAGGCAGCUGCUGCCCCUAGUGAAGCCCCGAGGAGGCGAGGGCAGCUCAGGGUCGAGGUCCGGAGAGGAUGAGUGUGGUCCGGAUGAGCUGAUCCUCCUGCUGAUCUACCUGUACUCACUGGCUGACGAGGCCCAGCCUGCAGACGGCGACGCCGAUGACGAGGAGGAGGAGGAGCUGGAGAAGCUGGAGAGGGAGCUGAUAGGAGCGUUCACCCUGGUCCUCACCACAGAGUCCAAACUCAGCCCGCUGCUGCAGAAACUCACCGGAUGUGUGAACUCCACAGAGCUGACCACGGAGCGAGCCCACUCCGCCGUGGAGGAGAUGUUCGAGACCCUCCGAGGUCUGAGUCACACCAGAGACCACCUGAAGCAGCUGCGCUCCGUCUACACGGCCAGCGACGGCAUCCACCAGGCAACCUAUCGUCCGUUCCUGCGGCAGAUCCUGGAGGAAGUCUUCCACCCGGACAGACCAGAGUGUCCAGACAUCGAGCACAUGUCCGGGGGCCUGACAGACCUGCUGAAGACCGGCUUCAGCAUGUUUAUGAAGGUGAGCCGUCCUCAUCCCAGCGACAACCCACUGCUCUUCCUCUUCCUGGUGGGCGGAGUCACGCCCUCAGAGCUGCGGCUGAUCAAAGAAGUUGUUUCUGCGCACAAACCAGGGACUCAGGUGCUGGUUUUGUCAACCAGAUUACUGCGGCCGACCGAUAUCCCCGAGCUGCUCUUCACCACACAGAGACUGCUGCCGGAUAUCGGCGUCUGAAACUCCAAAGACACGUGGAAACACACACGCAGGCUCACGUGGAAGGCCACACACGACACCUCUGACGUUUCAGCACCUCAUCAGCAGUGUGUCUCGCUCCGGUAACGAGAUUCAGUGAUGAUGGAUGUAACUGAAACGAAGCAACAUUCCUCGGAUGAAUUAGAUUCUAAAGUGUGAUAUUAAAGAUUUAAAAGUGAGUUUGAAAAUGGAAGACUGAAAUUAUCCUGCUUCUGUUAUCUGGUGAGCUGGAAGAAAGGGACACGCUGUGUUUGAAUCAAUGUAAAAACAAUAAAAUAAAUGACUUGCAGACUCA